CUUGAUCACUCUAAAUCAUAAAGAAACAAGCACUUGAUUAAUUGAUCGUUCUUCUAUGGAGUCCUUCUUCUACACUCUUCAUGUAAGUCCUGUUCAUGAUUCAAUUCAUACUAUGUUUCAACACAUUCCUUAUGUGAACAAUAGCUUCCACAUUAAUCUUGAUUACACCAACACGAUUAUAGAACCCUAUGCAAGAAACACUGCCUCUCUGUCCAUAAUUACAAUCAAGGACACAUUUGUUGUUCCUCUAGAAAUUGUAUGUAAUUGUUUGGAAAGGGAUCUUAACAUUGCUUUAUACCACAUCUUUUCGUUUUUGCCUUCUUACAUAUUAGAUUCAAUUAUACCUAAAGUUGAACAAUAUGCUAGACAAAUGGUUGCGAACAACAAUGUAUUGGAGAUGAAUUUGUCGCUUCGCGUUACCACGGGAAAAUGGGCAGAGAAAAUUGAGGAUUUGUUGGAGAUAUUAGAAAUUAAUCAUCCCUGUUAUGACUCUAAAGAAAAAUGUUCAAUUUGUUUGGAGGAAUUUUGCACUAGUUCAAAGUCAGAAAUUGUUCACACCAAAUGUUCACAUUUUUUCCAUAAAGAUUGUAUUGUGCCGUGGAUUCAAAGUUGCGUCAAUUCUUCUUCUUCUUGCUCUUGUCCGUUGUGUCGAGGUCAAAUAUUAUAAAGCGAAUAUGAAAUAUGUUUUUCUUCAAAGAACAACUUUAUAUGUAUUUAAU